GCGUGUCUUUAGACGUGUUGCUACCUUGUCUCCGACUGCAUAUGACCUCCAUCACCUACUACGGGCGCAUCGCCUGCGCGCGGUCUUCCAGCAGCUAUCGUAUGGGGCCACACCCUCUCUGCGCCGUGAUGCCCAUCACCCACACGGGCUCAUCCCCUGCGUGGUCUUCCAGCACGUAUCGUCUGUUCGCCACCCGCUUGGCCUCGUUCGAAAACUCUAAUAUCCUUCCUAGGCAUCCGUGAGGUUGCAAGCCAGAGCUCUUGAAAAGUUGGGACCCGGGAUCGCCAACACCUUUGAGCAGACAAUCUCAGAGGGGGGGAUGUUGUAGAUUCAGUCCAUGUUUUCUGUAUUUCCGUUGACAUGCUGUCCAGUUCGUGGAAAGGUGCACUUUGUAACGGCUGGGCAAGACGUAAGUCAAAUCCUUGUGACUGUAAUAAAUAUGCUCUUAUCUCUGCAAGAGUAC